GAGAGAGAGACAGAGGGAGAGAGCUUUAGCCUGGCUUUUCUCCGCUGUGCCUUUCAGCUCCUCUCUCUCACUCUCUCUCUCACUGUAGAAAGAGGCGUGUCCAUGGACCAGUAUAAAGUCCAAGGAGAGCCACUCAUGUUGAGCCAUUCUCAGGAGCGAGUCCUUUGCACUGCACAACCAAGCGAGAGGAGGAAAACUGCAGCUGUUACUCAAAAACACUGCCUUUUGAUGACCUGUUUUGCAUUUGGACACUUGUAGACCAGAUUUUUCUUCCAGCAGAGAGGGUAGGGGGGGGGGCCGAACCUCUGGACUUGAAGAGGGAGAGAGAGGGAGAGAGACAGAGACAGAGAGAGAGAGAGAACAAGACUCACCUGAACACACUGUGUUGGAUAUCCUUUCCUGCAACUGUUCAGUCCAACAUACAACAACAACAACAAAAAACUAGUUCUUAUCACCACUACACUCGCCAGCCGAGCAGAUCAAGAGCAGGCUCCUAUUUCUGCGCUGUGAAAUUGAAUCAGAGGAACGGAGAGGCAGUACAGCAGAGGCAUUGUGUCCCCCUGCAAUUGAAACACUAACCAGCUGAAAAUAUCAAAGACCAUCCUGGACAAAGCGUUCCUCUCAAACCCCCCCUUGUUUGUCUACAAUCUGCUGUUGAAGUAGAAAGUGAUCAAAAGCUGCACAACACUCAAGAGAAAGAGAGAGGGAGAAAGAGAAAGACAGAGAGAGAGAGAGAGAGAGAGUGAGAGAGAGAGAGGGAGGCUGAGGGGGACCAUACACAAGGGCAAAGGAUUGUGUGCAGGUGCUGGGUGCUGCCAUGGUGCGUGGAGGCGGCGUGGCAGUAGCUCCGUCCUGGUGGGGCCUGUGGGCGUUUGGCACCCUGUCGCUGGCCGCGCUGUGCUUGUCGGACCAGGCCAUCCGCUGCCCCGUGUGUUCCGAGGAGAGGCUGGCCAGCUGCCGUCUGCCGGAGGGCUGCGAGGAGACGGUGAGGGAGCCCGGCUGCGGCUGCUGCCCCACCUGCGCCCUCCCUAAAGGGGCGCACUGUGGCGUCUACUCGCCUCGCUGUGGCACGGGCCUCCGCUGCUACCCUCCGCGUGGCGUGGAGAGGCCACUGCACUCGCUGAUGCACGGCCAGGGGGUGUGCACCGAUGAGAGGGAGGUGGAGGAGAACUCAGCGAUGGACAGGCAGGACGAGAUCAUCCCAGAGCACCCGAACAACAGCAAUAUCCGGUGCAGUCCACAAGACAAACGCUGCAUACAGAAGACUCUGGCCCGACACCCUCAGAAGUCCACGAACCAGAGGAGCAACACUGCUAGGGAGGAGACCAAGGCGGUGCUGGCUCCAUGUCGUGCCGAGCUACAGAGGGCACUGGACAGAUUGGCAUCGAACACCCGCACGCACGAUGAUCUCUUCACAAUCCCCAUACCAAACUGUGACAAGAACGGAGAUUUCCACGCCAAACAGUGUCAUCCUGCACGUGAUGGCCAGCGGGGAAAGUGCUGGUGUGUGGAUCAGAAGACGGGCAUGAGGCUGCCGGGGCCAUUGGAGCUGCGAGGGGAUCUGGACUGCCACCAGUUAAUGACGGCUACUCUGAGGGAUUGAGAAGUGAGGAGUGGCAGUGGGGGUGCAGGACCAGCUGAAUUGAACUGGUGCUUAUUAGUAGAACUACACAAUGGAAAGGACUUCGCCCUAAAGUCUCACUUCACCUGAGGCCAACGGUACUUGAGCUUGCGCAACAAAAAAGAAAAAAAAACAGAAACCAUUGAAUUGAGUUCUUUUUGCUAUUUUGUUUCUGUGUAUGAGAGUAUGUGAUCUCUAUGAGUCUUUUGAGCACUUGUUGUGUUUGUUUCUACUAUGUGAACUUAAGACUGAUAGUCUUCAGACACAUCUGCUUUAAAGUAACAGGUGGCAGGAGAAAAAAAACCUUCCACAGAUAACAGUUGUAGUUGUGAUCAUUGUUAGCAAAAUGUUUGGUAUUCUUUAGUAUAAUUUUAGCAGAAUAUUCUUGAAGUGACAUAAAAAUGCAUCAAUCCAACCAAAUCAGACCUGAAAUAGACUUUCUGAAGCACUAGAUCAUCAAAGAGUCUUAAUCAACAGUGUACCAGUUUUGCUUCCACACACUUUGUGUUAUUAAUUGUAACAAGAGGCUCUUCUUCUAGUGUCCUAUAGUAUCUGUCGUUACCCCAUCCAUCUGGUAAGGAAGUUAAAACCAACCAUAAAAUGUGUUUGCAAACACAAAGUCUAGUUCAGUGACGACAAAAGAGCAGCAAUAAAAGAUGGAAAGAGAACAAAUAAAAUGAAACAGAAACGGGUGACAAAAGGAAUGCAACAACCCUCCCUGCCUUGAGUUACCAAAUGAUAAGCCAUAGCUUUUCAUCACAAUCAACAUCGAGACCAAAGUGAAAAGUGAGAUUAGUUUGGAAAAACUGUAUCUGAGAGCCCAGAAUAGAUUUGCUUUAUCACCCUGUUGUCAACUCUGCACCCCCCCCCCCCCCCUCUUUGCCAGCAAGCUCUUUCUAGCAUUGUGGUCCAGAAGGACUGGAAGAGAAGCUGGGCUAGAAACUCUGUAUACUGCUGAUAGGAUAAUCUUAUUUCUCCAGCUGGUGCUGAGAUGCCAGUGUGACUUGUGUUUGUAUGAAUAUGCUUCAACAUACAGGAUUUCUCUCCAAACAGACUGCUUGGCAGAACUUUGGUGGUGCUAUAUACUGAUUGUGCCAAAAUACAAAAAGAAAAAAAAAAAAGGCUUCUGCACUUUUUUGGGCAUUGUUUUUGGAUUGGAACAGAAGACUGGGAUUUUUUUCAGGAGCGAUUAGCAUCAGCGAGUAUGAGGAUCACCUAUAGGUGUGACCAUCUGCACUAGCCGGUUGUGUUUUCAAUGUUAUUGUCAAAAUAUGAAAGACGACGUCGCACAUUAGCUUUGCACUAUCACUGCAGCUGACUGGCUUGUGUGUCUCAUUGGCCAGUGUUGUAAAAUCGCAGGCGUUAUGUGUUGGAAGAAGAGUGUAAUAACCUUUAAUGAUUAAGCUACUGGCAGCAUAGCAACUCCGAUCUAGCUUGAAACUCUGGUGUGGCUGUAAAGCUAACACACUGGAAUUUCAUAUCACACUUAACCAUUAAAAGGAAUGUUUUACCAGUGGAAGUGACACAGCUACUCAUCAAAUACUUUAGUUAGCGCAGGUGAGGCUGGUAACAGUCUUAUAACAAUGUGAUUGUGCAGGUUUAAGACUGCUGUUUGUCAUCACCAGACAUGCACACACUGCUUUAUCUGUCCCCUGGGAGACUUCUUGGUCAUUAAUUGACUCAAGCAACAAAUUCACCUUGUGUGAUGGAGGGGUUUUUUGCUGUUUGUGCCUGGGUGUUGCAAGUCCAUUCCCACACAACCUAACAAACCACUGGUAUGUUGGUAUGUGGAUCACAAUGCAGUCGUAUCAGAGAUGUUGAAACGAAAAAAGAAAAAAAAAAGAUCAAAAUGAAAUAAGAUCAUUCACAGCAACUAUUACACAUUAUGUUUUUUUGUUUUUUUUCUAUGUCUCCACACUCUGGUUUUACCUCAACAUCAGUUAAGCUAUAAACAUGACUAUUUGUGCACAACACACUGAAGGGAGGUUCAUUCAACUCAACACAGAAAUAAGAAAAAGUGCCAUUAUUAUGAUGUUGAAUUCAAUUGUUUUCUUAUUUGCAGUAAAAACAUGGAUAUACAAAUAAAAUCGAAUCAUUUUGAUACUUCCUUCAUUUGUUUAGUGUGCAUCUUCAUGAGCUCUCCCCAGUAAUCUCAACCUAUCUUGGGGACAGCUGACGUGAUUGGUCCAUUCCCAAAAUCAAUUAGACAAAUUGCACCCUUAGCAGCACAUCUUAAAAAAAGGGUGUCUGUUCAUUUCUGUAAAAAAUAAAAACAAUCUCCUCCAUUUAUUUGUACACAUAAAAUGUAAAAAUGUGUUUUCUUUUUAGUGCACUUUGGUCUAAUUUUGCUGCAAAACUCACUUCUCAAGAAUUACAAUAUAUAUUUCCAUAGAUGCACAUCAUGUAAAUAAUGUUUAAUCACAAUAAACAAUUUGAAGAAAAUAUGAUCAAAGGUAAAUUCUUUUCUCGUCUGUGUGUUGGCCCUGUUCUAUUACUCUGUCAUAUGUAAUGUUAACAAGCUCUCAGUCACAAUUCUUUACUUGGGUUAUCAAUUAUUUCAUCUGCAGCACCUGUGAAGAAUCCAAUCUAAUCACUGAUGCCAAGGAUCAAUUCAUAACCUCUGCCAGAAACAGCGUAUUGUCAUCUGAUGAGCAGUUUUUACUUGUCACUAAACCAUAUCCAAAGGAAGUUCACUAAAACACAGACAGGAGGAUGGAAGAUGGUGUGGGUGGAGAAUACUUGCUACGGCUUAAAAAUAUCAAAAAAACUAAUCUUUCCAAAGACUGCGAGCAAAGUGGAGACAUCAGAACUAUUAAGUGGACUGCAUGCACACAACAACAGUUCCAGCAAAAUCCUAUCUUAUCAUCCAUCAACUAAUGAAGUGUUACUAAACACAUUCACACACAUUUCUCUGUUAAAUAGUCUUAAUCUUUGAAGGGAGAAGGCAAAUGGUUCUGGCUUUGAUUUUUUUUGUAAAGGCCUUCUAACUGCAUAAACUGUGUAUUUAAGCUAUAGUAUGUUUCUUGAUCUCUAACUUUGCUGUACUGAACUGUAAUUUGCAUUUCUUGAGAAUAGACUGUUCCUGUUUGCCUCUGAUAUUAUCUGUUCAUGUGUAGAAGAUAUAUAUGAAGUAAUGUUUGCAUGCAUAGCAACGGUCCGGGGAGUUAGAAACAGCUUAUGUCUUGUGUAUCUUGUCCACGACAGGACUGUUAUAUUCAAACACUGAAGUGAUCAAAGAACUGAAAUAUAGAGUGUCAACCAAUGAAAUGAUCAGUUACAUUGUAAAUGUUUACCUGAUAAAAAAAAUGUACACAUUGUAAUACGACAAUUAAAACUUUAGAAACUACCAUGUUGUUGUGGUCAUCAGUAGUAGUUAGUUUAGUUUCUCAUUGAUAUGUAUGAUAUGAUUGUAUAUGUUGUCCUAUAAUUAAGAAGAGAUUACAGCAUGUAAAUGUAAGAUAUGUUUUUGAACAGUGUUUUUCAUUCAACUUUAAGAUGUUUAUAUAAAAAUGGUUGGGAAAAGCUUUAA